UUUUACACUGUAAGUAAGAGCUAUUGAACUGGCGGUGUCUCCAUGUUGUGCUUAGCUCAGCCACCUCUGCACACAGAGAGCGAAUUCGAUCUAUUCCAGCAGCUGGCCAUUAUUAUUCCGGCGCACAUAGGCUGUAGCUCUUUACUGAUGGGGUCCUGAUGUUUAUGGACAGGCUUUCUGAAUAGAGAGCUCCAUCCUAUAGCUUUCCCUGAGCCAGACGAGUGCAGCAAGAGGUGCCAUGCGGGUGAGUUUCUGCCAGGGCCUUCUGACUGGAGCCAUUGUUCUGAACCUGCUCAUCCUCUACUAUGUGUCCCGAGCCCAGCAGCAGAUGAUGGAGAAACGCCGGGACCCAGGAAGGGGCUCCAGGAAGGCUGCUUUACCUGCAUCUGGGCUGGGGGGCGGCAUGGGGGGCCUGGUGGGGGUUGGCGGGGGGAUGGUUGGCCCUGGAGGUGUCGGGGGAGAGGGGAACAGCCACGGCCCCCGUGUGACUGUCCUCCUACGGGAGUUUGAGGACUUUGAGAACUACGUCGGUGAUGUGGCACGCUCCUUCCUGCACCAGAGACCUGAGCUGCCCUUCUUGGCUGUGUCUGACACCCCGCCCUAUCCCCCUCUGUCUCUCCCCGAUGGGGCCCGUCUCCUGGUGCUCUCCCCCAGCCCCGAGCAGCCUCCGCAGGCCCACCGGCCAGAGUUCCACGUCCAGACAGAGUUUGUGCUGCUGGUGCCUGACGGGGUGGAGCUGGAGCAGGGCCGGGCUGUGGAGAGGCUGAUCCGGGAGCUGGAGGGGGAAGGUGGGGGGCCCGUGAGGCUGGUGGCGGCCCCCGUGUUGGCGCGCUCGGCCGUCCAGUGCCUGCACCUGCGGGUCAGUCUGAGAGAGUGGACGGCCACCUACACCCCAGCGGCGUCUGGGAGCAGUGGUAGCGUGUGUACAGCCCUUCAGGGGGACGCAGUGGUCCUCAUCCGCUCCGAGGACCUCUUCAACCUGUCUGUCCCACUGGGGAGGCCCCUGCUGCCCUCGCUCUUCAUCCAGACCUCCCUGCAUGGCUGGAAGGUCAAGCUCCUGGAGAGCCCCUGCUUCUCCGCCAGCCACCGGCCUCUCUUCAGCUCAGCCCACAACCAGUGGAAGGCAGACAGCCAUCUGAAGGAGGCCACUAGCCGGCUGAUGAGGAACUUUGGGCUGAAGCGUCUCCUACUGGCUGAUGGGAAGGAGCAGUGGCACGGCUGUGGGAAGGAGACGGAGCGUUGCUUCAGUACGGUCCGGGACGACACCCCUGAGUACCUGUACCUGGAUCGCUGGACCCCUCCAUGCUGCCUGCGCGCCCUACGCGAGACCACCAAGUAUGUGAUCAACAUCCUGGAGAGCUCCGGGGUGCGCUACUGGCUGGAAGGAGGCUCCCUGCUGGGGGCGGCCCGCCACCAGGACAUCAUCCCCUGGGACUAUGAUGUGGACCUGGGCAUCUACCUGGAGGACGUGCCCAACUGUGACUACCUGAAGAACCUGGAUUCUGGUUCUCUGGUGGAUGCUAACGGCUAUGUGUGGGAGCGGGCAGUGGAGGGGGACUUCUACAGGGUGCAAUACAGCGAGGCUAACCACCUUCACGUGGACCUGUGGCCCUUCUACCCGCGGAACGGCGUCAUGACCAAAGACACGUGGAUGGAGCACAAGCAGGAUGUGGAGUUCCCCGAGCACUUCCUGCAGCCGCUGGUGCCGAUGCCGUUCGCCGGCGUCACCGCCUACGGCCCGAACAACCACCGCGCCUUCCUGGAGCUCAAGUUUGGGGAGGGGGUCAUCGAGAACCCCCAGUACCCCAAUCCUGCCAAGAAGAGGCUGGACAGGAGCCGGCUGUGAGGGAGGGGUGUGGCUGGGACCUUUGGGGUUUUUCAUGUGGCCCCGCCAAAAGGACAAAACGAUUCUAGCCACAACCCGAAACAUAUUGGUAGCAAUCUGUGAUUGGGUCACAAGUGGGUAUCCAUUGGGAAUAACUGUCCUCAAGGUUGCCAAAAUGCACGGAUCAAUGAUAAGUCCCUGGAGGGAAGUGGUUAAGAGAGAACCGACGCUGCUGCUCUUAACCCGGGCCAGCCACACUGAUGCCACGAACACGUGUGUUUGUUUGAUUUACUGCCUGCCUUUGUCAUCUGUCUCUUUAACACAAGAUCCUCACCGUGGGGGAAGCAACGGGCUGCACGUUACUUCAGGAGGCGUGACUGACUGACCUCUGUCAGAACCGUGUCCGUCACUGCGACUGAGACUGUGGAACAGGGCCUGCAUUCAUAAAGCGUCUGGUCGAGUAGGAGUGCCGAUCUAGGACCAGGUCCCCGGCGUCCCAUGUCAUCUCAUUCUGUGUGAGCUAAAAGGCAAAACCGAUCCUAGAUCAGCACUUUAUGGAACACAAGGGGACUGCUGCUGACCUACAUGACAGGUCGACUGAAGACUCCUUGCAGAGGUCCAUUAUUCUGUAUAAGCUGUGAAUUAAGUAUAGAGACAGAGUAUUUAUACAUUCAAAACGGUAUUCUGUUGCACAUCAUUUUCCGGUACAUAAAUGACCAGAUAUUUAGUAAGAAAUUCUAUGGUAAAAUGGUAAUUACACAGUAAUUCUAUAUUUAUUUUAAAUAAAAAAAAA